AUGGGAAUGCUUGGAAAACGAUUAAGGAAAGAUGCAACUUUGGCUAAGGUACUGAACGAUAAAAUCAACGAUUAUGUUGAGAAAGGUUAUGCACGUCGUUUAUCCACUGAGGAACUAGCAGAGAGGCAUCAGAAAAUUUGGUAUUUGCCAAUUUUUCCAAUCACCAACCCAAACAAACCUGGGAAGACGAGAUUGGUCUGGGAUGCCGCCGCCAAGGCUCACGGAAUUUCGCUUAACUCUCUGUUAUUAAAAGGACCCGAUCAAUUAACCUCUCUUUUUGCAGUACUGUUGAAGUUUCGAGAAUACAAGGUUGCGGUGUGCGGAGACAUCCGCGAAAUGUAUCACCAGGUCUUGAUCCGGAAAGAGGACCAAAACUGCCAACGCUUCUUCUGGGGUAGAGACGAGGAUACAAACCUACCAUUCACUUACGUCAUGCAAGUGAUGACAUUUGGAGCAUGCUCGUCCCCAUGUACAGCGCAAUUCAUAAAAAACCGAAACGCAGAGAAGUACAUGCACCAAUAUCCGGCUGCAGCUAAUGUCAUAAUCACCAAUCAUUACGUUGACGAUAUGUUGCUUAGCGUCGAAGGUGAAACGGAGGCAAUCGAAUUGACCAACCAGGUUAGAAUGAUUCACCGUAACGCAGGUUUCGAACUGAGGAACUUUAGAUCAAACAAGACUUCUGUAUCCGCCGCUCUGGAAGGCCGAUCUGAAUCCGUCGAAUCGAGAGAAAUCGACAUGGAUGUGGGGAGAGAAGGAAGCACCGACAAAGUACUUGGAAUGUGGUGGGACACGUCUGCCGAUUGUUUCACGUUUAAGGUGUCGCCAAGAAUGGAUCCUGCAAUCUUAUCCGGCAACCGUAUACCAACAAAGCGUGAAGUUUUGCGAACUCUCAUGCAAAUAUUCGACCCCUUGGGGUUGAUAGGCCACUUUCUAAUGUUCCUCAAAUGUUUGCUUCAGGAAAUUUGGAGAUCGUCGGUUGGAUGGGACGAUCCCAUAGGAGAUAGCGAGUUUCAAAAAUGGAAACGCUGGCUGGAAAUUCUCCCAACCAUGACUGAAGUCAAAAUCCCUCGUUGCUACCGUUCGUUCGUGCCGAUUAACACUCAAACAGACGUACAGCUUCACACUUUCGUUGAUGCUAGCGAGAACGGCAUGGCUGCUGUUGCUUAUUUAAGAUUCGAAAACAACGGAGCAGUGGAAUGCGCAUUGGUGAGCUGUAAAACUCGAGUCUCGCCUCUUAAAUUUCUUUCAAUACCUCGGUCUGAACUGCAGGCAAGCGUGAUAGGAGCUAGACUCUCAAACGCUAUUAUAGGUUCAUCUUCAAUCAAAGUGAAUAAGCGAUAUUUCUGGACAGACUCUAAAACAGUACUGUGUUGGCUAUCGUCAGACCAUCGGAAAUAUAGCCAAUAUGUUUCGCAUCGAGUUAGCGACAUCUUAGAGUCCACAGAGCUGUCUGAAUGGUGUUGGAUUCCGUCCAAAUUAAAUGUAGCUGACGAUGGCACUAAAUGGAAAGUUUACCCGGAUUUCAAUAGCAGCAGUAGGUGGUUUCGAGGCCCAGAGUUGUUAUCACGUCCGACAGCUGAAUGGCCCCUGCCGGAAAAAGCUUUCUUAUCGACGGAUAUUGAACUGCGACCUCUUGUCCUCCAUCAUCACGUUUUAUCAUCUGCCCUUAUUCCCGUGGAAAACUUUUCAUCCUGGACUGUACUUCUUCGGAAAACGGCUUACGCUCUUCGAUAUAUUUAUAACCUGCAACGAACUGCAAAACAACGACCAAUUCUUGUCGGGCCACUUGCUCGCGAAGACUUACUCAAGGGGGAGCAGUAUCUAUUUCGAUUGGCCCAAAGUUCAGCAUACUCAGCGGAAGUCGAGCUUCUCAUCAAUCAAAAAUCCCAUGGCUGGAAAAGUUGUAUUCCACGGAAAAGCCCACUGUUCAAGCUUUGUGCCUUUGUAGACGAAGAUAAGGUGUUAAGAAUUCGUGGCCGUAUAUCUUUAUGUGAGUUUGCUCAGCCAGACACGAAAAAUCCUAUUAUUCUUCCGCGCAAACAUCACAUUACUCGGCUAAUCGUUUUAAAUAUUCAUUCCGUAUAUCAUCAUCAAAACCACGAAACCGUGAUAAACGAAAUCCGCCAGCGUUAUUACAUUUCGGGCCUACGAUCAUUAUAUAAAAAUAUUCGAAAAGACUGUCAGGUGUGUAAAAACCAGCGCGCGAAACCACAGGCUCCUUUGAUGAGCGAACUACCACUCGGUCGACUAUCGGCGUACACGCGCCCUUUUUCCUAUAUGGGCAUCGACUACUUCGGACCUAUGCUGGUGGUCAAUGGUCGUAAACAAGAGAAAAGGUGGGGCGUGUUAGCCACCUGCCUCACUAUAAGGGCUGUACAUUUACUAGUGGUACAUUCGUUAACGACAAGUUCGUGCAUAAUGGCCAUACGCAACAUCAUGAGUAGAAGAGGAAUUCCUAUUUGCAUCUAUAGUGAUCGAGGCACAAACUUCAUUGGAGCGGAUAGGGAACUCAAAUCGGUUCUCAAAGACGUAAAUCAGAACAGAUUAAUGGAAGAAUUUACUUCGCCAGAUACACAAUGGAGCUUUAACCCACCGGCGUACCCUCACAUGGGAGGGGCAUGGGAAAGGCUCAUCCGUUCAGUAAAACAGAACAUGGCUAAACUGAACCCUAACCAUCGUCCAAACGAUGAAAUUCUUGAGAAUAUGUUGGUAGAGAUUGAGAAUAUAGUUAACUCGCGACCACUUACACAUGUGCCUAUUGAAGACAGCACUUCUUUGGUGUUAACCCCUAAUCACUUUCUAGUGGGUUCGUCUAACGGUUUGAAAUCAUGGGUCCCUUUCGAUGAUAGUUCCACUGCAGUCCGUAGAUCGUGGCAGCUGUCACAGACGAUGGCAAACGUAUUCUGGAGACAUUGGGUCCACGAUUAG